AUGAAUGCCCCCAGUGCUUUCCAUACUUUCCCCUUCUGCUCCGCAUCAGUUCCCCCUCUCCUUCCCCUCUCCUCGCUGCUCCGUUCCUCUCCUCGCUGCUCCGUUCCUCUCCUCGCUGCUCCGUUCCUCUCCUCGCUGCUCCGUUCCUCUCCUCGCUGCUCCGUUCCUCUCCUCGCUGCUCCGUUCCUCUCCUCGCUGCUCCGUUCCUCUCCUCGCUGCUCCGUUCCUUUCCUCGCUGCUCCGUUCCUUUCCUCGCUGCUCCGUUCCUUUCCUCGCUGCCCCGUUCCUCUCCUCGCUGCUCCGUUCCUUUCCUCGCUGCUCCGUUCCUCUCCUCGCUGCUCCGUUCCUUUCCUCGCUGCUCCGUUCCUCUCCUCGCUGCUCCGUUCCUCUCCUCGCUGCUCCGUUCCUUUCCUCGCUGCUCCGUUCCUCUCCUCGCUGCUCCGUUCCUCUCUUCGCUGCUCCGUUCCUCUCCUCGCUGCUCCGUUCCUCUCCUCGCUGCUCCAACGAUGCCACCGCGCUUUCUCGCUCCCUCAAUCAAUCCCGUCCCUCUCUCACUUCCGUCCUUCUCUCACACCCGUCCCUCUCUCACACCCGUCCCUCUCUCACACCCAUCCCUCUCUCACACCCGUCCCUCUCUCACACCCUUCUCCCUCCCUCCCUUUCCCCUUCUCCUUCCCUCCGUUUUCCCCCUUGUUCUGGCCCUCUGUGGGCGGCAGCAGCAGCCUUCAAGGAAGUGGUGGCAUACCACACACCUCCGACACAGAAGCAGCAGUGGGCGCCAACAGGGGGGAUUGCCAUAGUCAAUGCUGUAGUUGUCACCCUUCUCACUCACACACCCUGCUCACUCACACUCCCUGCUCACUCACCCACCCUGCAGUGCUGGUGAGUGCAGUGCUGGUGAGUGCUGUGCUGGUGAGUGCAGUGCUGGUGAGUGCAGUGCUGGUGAGUGCUGUGCUGGUGAGUGCAGUGCUGGUGAGUGCAGUGCUGGUGAGUGCUGUGCUGGUGAGUGCUGUGCUGGUGAGUGCAGUGCUGGUGAGUGCAGUGCUGGUGAGUGCAGUGCUGGUGAGUGCAGUGCUGGUGAGUGCUGUGCUGGUGAGUGCAGUGCUGGUGAGUGCAGUGCUGGUGAGUGCUGUGCUGGUGAGUGCAGUGCUGGUGAGUGCUGUGCUGGUGAGUGCUGUGCUGGUGAGUGCAGUGCUGGUGAGUGCAGUGCUGGUGAGUGCAGUGCUGGUGAGUGCAGUGCUGGUGAGUGCAGUGCUGGUGAGUGCUGUGCUGGUGAGUGCAGUGCUGGUGAGUGCAGUGCUGGUGAGUGCUGUGCUGGUGAGUGCAGUGCUGGUGAGUGCUGUGCUGGUGAGUGCAGUGCUGGUGAGUGCUGUGCUGGUGAGUGCUCUGCUGGUGAGUGCAGUGCUGGUGAGUGCAGUGCUGGUGAGUACUGUGCUGGUGAGUGCUGUGCUGGUGAGUGCAGUGCUGGUGAGUGCAGUGCUGGUGAGUGCAGUGCUGGUGAGUGCUGUGCUGGUGAGUGCUGUGCUGGUGAGUGCUGUGCUGGUGAGUGCAGUGCUGGUGAGUGCAGUGCUGGUGAGUGCAGUGCUGGUGAGUGCAGUGCUGGUGAGUGCUGUGCUGGUGAGUGCAGUGCUGGUGAGUGCAGUGCUGGUGAGUGCUGUGCUGGUGAGUGCAGUGCUGGUGAGUGCAGUGCUGGUGAGUGCUGUGCUGGUGAGUGCAGUGCUGGUGAGUGCAGUGCUGGUGAGUGCAGUGCUGGUGAGUGCUGUGCUGGUGAGUGCUGUGCUGGUGAGUGCAGUGCUGGUGAGUGCAGUGCUGGUGAGUGCAGUGCUGGUGAGUGCUGUGCUGGUGAGUGCAGUGCUGGUGAGUGCUGUGCUGGUGAGUGCAGUGCUGGUGAGUGCAGUGCUGGUGAGUGCAGUGCUGGUGAGUGCUGUGCUGGUGAGUGCUGUGCUGGUGAGUGCAGUGCUGGUGAGUGCUGUGCUGGUGAGUGCUGUGCUGGUGAGUGCAGUGCUGGUGAGUGCAGUGCUGGUGAGUGCAGUGCUGGUGAGUGCAGUGCUGGUGAGUGCUGUGCUGGUGAGUGCUGUGCUGGUGAGUGCAGUGCUGGUGAGUGCAGUGCUGGUGAGUGCAGUGCUGGUGAGUGCAGUGCUGGUGAGUGCAGUGCUGGUGAGUGCAGUGCUGGUGAGUGCAGUGCUGGUGAGUGCAGUGCUGGUGAGUGCUGUGCUGGUGAGUGCAGUGCUGGUGAGUGCAGUGCUGGUGAGUGCAGUGCUGGUGAGUGCAGUGCUGGUGAGUGCAGUGCUGGUGAGUGCAGUGCUGGUGAGUGCUGUGCUGGUGAGUGCUGUGCUGGUGAGUGCAGUGCUGGUGAGUGCAGUGCUGGUGAGUGCAGUGCUGGUGAGUGCUGUGCUGGUGAGUGCAGUGCUGGUGAGUGCAGUGCUGGUGAGUGCAGUGCUGGUGAGUGCUGUGCUGGUGAGUGCUGUGCUGGUGAGUGCAGUGCUGGUGAGUGCAGUGCUGGUGAGUGCAGUGCUGGUGAGUGCUGUGCUGGUGAGUGCAGUGCUGGUGAGUGCUGUGCUGGUGAGUGCAGUGCUGGUGAGUGCUGUGCUGGUGAGUGCUCUGCUGGUGAGUGCAGUGCUGCUGAGUGCAGUGCUGGUGAGUGCAGUGCUGGUGAGUGCUGUGCUGGUGAGUGCUGUGCUGGUGAGUGCAGUGCUGGUGAGUGCAGUGCUGGUGAGUGCAGUGCUGGUGAGUGCUGUGCUGGUGAGUGCAGUGCUGGUGAGUGCUGUGCUGGUGAGUGCAGUGCUGGUGAGUGCAGUGCUGGUGAGUGCAGUGCUGGUGAGUGCUGUGCUGGUGAGUGCUGUGCUGGUGAGUGCAGUGCUGGUGAGUGCUGUGCUGGUGAGUGCUGUGCUGGUGAGUGCAGUGCUGGUGAGUGCAGUGCUGGUGAGUGCAGUGCUGGUGAGUGCAGUGCUGGUGAGUGCUGUGCUGGUGAGUGCAGUGCUGGUGAGUGCAGUGCUGGUGAGUGCAGUGCUGGUGAGUGCAGUGCUGGUGAGUGCAGUGCUGGUGAGUGCAGUGCUGGUGAGUGCUGUGCUGGUGAGUGCUGUGCUGGUGAGUGCAGUGCUGGUGAGUGCAGUGCUGGUGAGUGCAGUGCUGGUGAGUGCUGUGCUGGUGAGUGCAGUGCUGGUGAGUGCAGUGCUGGUGAGUGCAGUGCUGGUGAGUGCAGUGCUGGUGAGUGCAGUGCUGGUGAGUGCAGUGCUGGUGAGUGCUGUGCUGGUGAGUGCUGUGCUGGUGAGUGCAGUGCUGGUGAGUGCAGUGCUGGUGAGUGCAGUGCUGGUGAGUGCUGUGCUGGUGAGUGCAGUGCUGGUGAGUGCUGUGCUGGUGAGUGCAGUGCUGGUGAGUGCAGUGCUGGUGAGUGCAGUGCUGGUGAGUGCUGUGCUGGUGAGUGCUGUGCUGGUGAGUGCAGUGCUGGUGAGUGCUGUGCUGGUGAGUGCUGUGCUGGUGAGUGCAGUGCUGGUGAGUGCAGUGCUGGUGAGUGCAGUGCUGGUGAGUGCAGUGCUGGUGAGUGCUGUGCUGGUGAGUGCUGUGCUGGUGAGUGCAGUGCUGGUGAGUGCAGUGCUGGUGAGUGCAGUGCUGGUGAGUGCAGUGCUGGUGAGUGCAGUGCUGGUGAGUGCAGUGCUGGUGAGUGCAGUGCUGGUGAGUGCAGUGCUGGUGAGUGCAGUGCUGGUGAGUGCUGGUGAGUGCAGUGCUGGUGAGUGCAGUGCUGGUGAGUGCAGUGCUGGUGAGUGCAGUGCUGUGCUGGUGAGUGCAGUGCUGGUGAGUGCAGUGCUGGUGAGUGCUGUGCUGGUGAGUGCAGUGCUGGUGAGUGCAGUGCUGGUGAGUGCAGUGCUGGUGAGUGCUGUGCUGGUGAGUGCUGUGCUGGUGAGUGCAGUGCUGGUGAGUGCUGUGCUGGUGAGUGCAGUGCUGGUGAGUGCUGUGCUGGUGAGUGCUGUCGUGUUCUUCUCCCCCGCCGUUCCUCCCUUCAUCAGUUCCUCCCUCUUUUCCACCCUUCCUCUUUUCAUCCCUUCUUCUGUUCCUCUUCAACUGUAUGCAUAA